UUCAAUUUGCAUACAAUAGCCUUAGUCUUCAACCGAAUGAUUUAAUCAGAUGUCCUUGUACUAAAUGUUUUAAUUUACCAUUGAUGACUCGGGAAAUGGUAUGGGACCAUCUUACUAAGUAUGGUUUUAUGAAUGCUUAUUCUGUUUGGUGGGCAUAUGGUGAGACAUUUGUGAAUUCAGCAGAUCCAUGGUCUGCUACUAAUCUGGGAGAAUCAUCACAUAGCCAAGAUACACACCAUGAUGAAAGGAAUGAUUCUUGUGAAAUGGUGUAUGAUGCAUUUUGUCCAGAGGAUGAUGAUAAUCGGGAAAUGGAAGGUAAUUUCCCCAAUCAACAUCUGGACGAGGAACCAAAUAAUCAAGCAAAGGCAUUUUAUGACUUGCUUCAUGCAUCUACAAUUCCACUUGGUAGUGCUAAAAGAAAUGAGACAGUGCUUAGCUGGCUUUCUUAUAUGUUGCAUACAAAUACUGCAAAUAAUAUAAUUGCUAAUGGUUUUAAUGUCACUCUUAAAGGAUGUAGAAGGUUGUUAAGUGCUGAAGAUCAAGACAAAGUUCCUUUAAACUUUUAUGAAGUAAAACAAUAUAUGAAGGGGCUUGGGUUAGGUUAUCUAAAAAUUGAUGCUUGUGUUAACAACUGCUUUUUAUACUAUGGGAAGCAUACGAAAACAUUGACUACAUGUCCAAUUUGUGGAGAAGCGAGGUAUAAACAGAGAAAUCCAGGGAGGAAUAGACAAAAGGACAUUCUGAGGAAUUCUCUUUGGUACUUACCAAUAAUACCUCACCUUCAAAGGCUAUACAUGUCUCGAAAAAUAGCUGAGCACAUGACAUGGCAUUUGAAAUGUUAUGGUGAUACAGAUGAGGUCAUUCAUCCAGCACAAUCAGAAGCAUCGAGACAUUUUGAUCAAAUGCAUCCUUCUUUUAAAAGAGAACCUCGUAAUGUUCGAUUAGGUCUUGCUACUGAUGGUUUCAACCCAUGGGUUUAUUCUUCAACCUCCUACUCUUGUUGGCCAGUUUUUUUAAUUGUUUAUAAUUUGCCACCAGAGAUGUGCAUGCGACUACAGUUUACUUUUCUUACAUUGGUCAUUGUUGGUCUAAAAAGCCCAGGCAAAAAUAUCGAUGUUUUCCUUCGAACUUUAAUUGAAGACUUGAAAAUGUUAUGGUCGACUGGUGUAGAAACAUAUGAUAGUUAUUGUAAGCAAAACUUCAUAAUGCAGGCUAUGUUGAUGUGGACCAUAAUUGAUUUUCCGGGUUAUGGUAUGGUGGCUGGUUGGAGCACUCAUGGCCAAUUGUCAUGUCCUUACUGUAUAGAGAUGACACAAUCUUUUUAUCUUCAAAAUGGUCGGAAACCAUGUUUUUUUUAUUGUCAUCGUCAGUUUUUACCAGAAUCACAUUCUUUCAAAUUUGAUCAAAGUAAUUUCUUGAAGGGUCGGGUUGAAUUAAGCAGUCCCCCUCCUCGAUUGGAUGGUGUUGCAAUGCGUCACCGAGUUGAAAACCUUCCUGAUGUGUUGUUUGGGAAACCCUUUGAAAACCAAACAAUUGACGGUUUUGGGAACAUCUAUAAUUGGGUGAAAAGGUGCAUUUUUUGGGAACUUCCUUAUUGGCAUGAUAAUCUUAUUCAACAUAAUCUUGAUGUAAUAUACUAUGAGAAAAAUGUCUUUGAUAAUAUAAUACACACUGUUAUAAAUGACAAUAAGACAAAAGACAAUGGGAAAGCAAGAUUGGAUUUAGCCAUUUAUUGUGACCGAAGAAACUGCACAUGGGAUAUAAUACGCAUGUUGCGCUUUCCAGAUGGGUUUGCUUCCAACAUAUCAAGAUGUGUCAACUUGAAUGAGUCUAGAAUUGUUGAUGUCAAUCCAAGGUUUAAACUUUCAACGGGGGAGCCAUUUUGCCUUGCUAGUCAAGCACAACAAGUUUAUUAUACUCCAUAUCCGACAGCCACGGAUAAAACUACCCGGGGAUGGUUGGCAACAUGUAAAAUCAAAUCUAGACAUCUAAUUGAGACCUCAUCUACCUCAUCUUUAGGAAAGGUUGAUGAUAUUUUUCAAGAUGAUGACCCCUCCAUAAUGCAAGGCUCUUCAUUAGCUAUAGAUUUAACUGCAUACCAGUCACUUCAACUAUGUGCAGAAGGUGUUACAGAAGUUGAGGUUGAUGCUAAUACAUCUGAAGAAGAUGAGGACUAUGGAGAAGAAAAAGAUUCAGAAAAAGAUUCAGAAUCCUCAGGAAAUAGUGAUAAUGUUGAGGAUGGUGAUGAUAGCGAUGAUAGUGAUGAUAGCGAUGAUAGUGAUGAUUAAUUGAAACAUUUGUAUUAUUACUUAUUAAAUAUAUGUAUUAAAAUUUCUUUGUCUUACAUAUGUUGUUUUAUCAAGUUAUAUAUUUUUCAUUUAAAAUAGAAUCAUUGUAUGAUUGUUCUAAAUUUGUUACUUAUUAUUUGUAUAAAUGUAUUAAUAACUAUUUUGUUAUUCA